CCUCCCGCGGACAUGGCGUCUACCUGCCCGGCGACAGCAGCCGGCGCCGGCGCCGCGGUCCGCGGGUGCGGGCAGAAGGGCAGUUGGAGCUUCGGUGGUGGGGCGGAAGGAGCUGGAGGGGGCGGCGGCGGCAGCGGAGGCGGCGUUGUCGUCGUCGUCGUCGGUGACGCCGCGCGAGGGCCCGAGUGUUAAAGCUGAGGGCGUCCGGGCGGCGGACGGCUGGCAGCGGGCCGCGCGGCGCGCGCCGGCCCCGGGACGCAGGCAUGGGGUCCCGGGUGCUGCAGCUGCUUCGGCAGGGCGUGUGGGCCGCGCUCACCGGCGGCUGGUACCACGACCCGGAUCAGAGCAAGUUCACUAACAGCUGCCACCUCUACCUGUGGCUGUUCCUGCUGCUGCUGCCCCUGGCCCUGCACCUGGCUUUUCCUCCAAAUGCCAUCACUGUAUUUUUUUACUGCAGCUCAGUGACGAUAUUCUUCACAAUAAUCAAAUUGGUCAGUUAUCGCCUACACCUCAUGUUUGAUAAAGGAGAAGUGAUUCAGCAAAGGCCCUCCAGAAAGAAAGAAAAGCCAAAUAAAGACAAAGAGGCCAUCAGUGACCACAUAACCAAUCAUAAAAAUACAGGCAAUAAUGGGCGGAUUAACAACGGCAAAAAGGAAGAGGCCAGUCGAACCCUCUCCACGCCUCCCCUCCACGGCAGCUCCAGAGGACAGAGCAUAAACUCUCAUCACUCGUCUGGGCUCCUGGAGCUGCCAGCACAGGAAACGGUGGAAGAUCUCAAAGGUGUCAUUGUGUCAGAUGGCCAACCCGUAGCCCCAGUGUCAUCUACAGCACCUGGGAUGAAAACGGAAAGUUUACCUGCUUCUAAAGGGCACGUGCCGGAAACCAUGACCACGUCAGCAAUACCAGUGAAACCAGUCGUGGCAGAAACUUGCAUCAGUGAUAAAGGGAAGGAAAAAGGGGGCCAGGGGCAGCCCCCCUUCUGCCACAGAUCCGAGGGCGGCUUGGUGGACCAAGAAGCCGUGAAGAAGGUGCCCUACCUGUCUUUGUCUCAGUACGACUUACUGGAGACAGACGUUUCUUUCCAGCCUUGGGGGAGUGAGAAUUCCGUCCCGAUUCCAGAACCUGGGAAUUAUGCCUCCAUCAGGGAACAGUUGCAAAGCAAGUCGCCUCAGGACAGCCUGAGCAGUAGCUGCCCUCAGUGUAACACCGUCAUCGCCAAAGCUGGGCGGGAGCAGGUUUCCCAGCAGGUGGAGCCGCCCUUGAACCAGGAUGUGGAUGACUCAGAAAAUGAGGUCGCUGUCACGCUUAUAGAUACUUCUCAACCUGGAGACCCGCUGAGUCUGCACGAGCCCAUUAAGAUUGUCAUCACCAUGAGCAGUACCCCCAACUCCAUGACAGACUUGGAAAGUUCUCUCCACCUGAAGGUGGUUGGUACUGAGGGAGCUGGCUUCAAGUGUGACGCUGAGCCAGUUCCCCCAGGGGCCGCUGGUCCUGAGAAACAGAUGAGAAUUCCCAUCAUCACCCUUGAGCUGUCUGAGGGUGCAGGAGGAGGCCUGGUGUGUCCCGAAGGCAAUGGAAGUGACAGGACGCCGGAGAGAUUGAUGGUGGAGGCGUCUUCCAAUCCAUGUUCUGGCUAUGAAUCUGGGGACGGGGACAAUGCCACACAGGACCACAGUCCUUCCCCAAGAGACCCCUGUACAACCCCGUCACCCACGCCUGAUGUGGUCUCCGAGUCGGAGGGGGGCAUGGAAGGCCAGGCUCACCUUGACCCAUCAUCUUGUAGAACCAGCCAGGACAAGAGACACUCCCAAGCCCUCAGUGUAGACAGCGGGACAGACGUCUUCUUGAGCAAAAGUUCCGCAGAAGUUAUUAACGAUAAAGAGCAAACAAUGCCAACCUCCAAAUCUGACCUGGAGGCCAAGGAAGGACAAAUACCAAAUGAAUCCAACUUCCUGGAAUUUGUCUCCCUGUUAGAAUCAAUGAAUACUUCCAAGGUGGUGGUGUCCAACCAAAUGAAUGAGCCGGCAGAGCAGAGCAGAGACAGCGGGCUUCCUGGAGAUAACUGUUCCCAGGAGAAAAAGGAGGAAAUCCUAGAAAGUGAGAAACCCAGUGGACCCAAUGCCAAGCAAGGAAAACCAGACGUGCAAAGUCAAGAGCACACCAGCACCAGCCCCGGGCUCACUGAGCCUGCCAAGAUCCCGACCCUUUUCCAGGGCAAUAGACAAAGGCAGAUAAUCUACAGGGUAACUUCCCAACAAGAUAGUUCUGUGCUGCAAGUCAUCAGUGGGCCUGAAACAUCUGUGCAAGAUGAGAUGUCUGUGGAUGCGAUGCACGUCUUUAUUGAUGAACAUGGGGAAAUUAAAUCCUGUUACUUAAAGUCUGGAAAUCAGAAAGAAGGCCCUUUCCAGCAUCAACCAUCAAAUUAUGACGGCUUCUCUCACGCUGGAGACAUACAGAGCGGCUCCACAACUUCCAGUACCGCAACUUCCGAGAGUCAAGAUCCUUCUUCAGGGGACCCUGUGGUCAGUGCCUUGCAACAACAGCUGUUGCUGAUGGUGGCUCGGAGGACCCAGUCAGAAUCCCCACGGCAUCUGAGUCAGGAUCUAGAAGACUCUUCCUGUUCUUCCACACAAGGAAAAUUCAACCGAGAGCAGUUUUACAAGUUUAUCAUCUUCCCUGGCAAGUGGAUUAAAGUCUGGUAUGAUCGCCUUACCUUGUUGGCGUUACUUGAUCGAACUGAAGAUGUCAAGGAAAACGUGCUGGCGGUUUUACUCAUUGUCCUGGUUUCCCUGCUCGGAUUCCUGACCCUGAACCGAGGCUUUUGCAAAGACAUGUGGGUGCUUCUCUUCUGCCUCGUCAUGGCCAGCUGCCAGUACUCCCUGUUAAAGAGCGUUCAGCCUGACCCCGCCUCGCCGAUCCACGGACACAACCAAAUCAUAACAUACAGCAGACCAAUCUAUUUUUGUGUGCUGUGUGGCCUUAUUUUGCUUCUUGAUACUGGGGCCAAAGCCAGGUACCCUCCCACUUACAUUGUGUAUGGCCUGAAGCUCUUCUCUCCAGGGUCUCUCCAGUCGGCUAGGGACCUCUUAAUAGUAUUUCUAUAUUGCUUCCCUGCAAUCUCCCUCCUUGGGCUCUUCCCGCAGAUCAACACUUUCUGCAUCUAUCUUUUGGAGCAAAUUGACAUGCUGCUUUUUGGAGGUUCUGCUGUUUCGGGGAUGCUGUCGGCCGUUUACAGCGUGGCCCGGAGUGCUUCCGCCGCAGCUGUGCUGCACGUGUUCUGCUUCAGCGCCGUGAAGGAACCCUGGAGCACGCAGCACACCCCAGCGCUGUUUUCAGCCUUCUGUGGCCUCUUGGUCGCGCUUUCCUACCAUCUGAGCCGACAGAGCAGCGACCCCUCUGUGCUCCUGUCCUUUAUUCAGUGCAGAUUGCUUCAUAAGUUUUUACAUCAAAAUCUGGAAGAGUUGGCUGCAGACCCUCUCCCCAAGAAGAUGAAAGAUUCUGUGAAGGAUAUCUUAAAAUCGGAUCUCAUCAUCUGCUCGGUGGCUGCCAUUCUGUCCUUUGCGGUCAGUGCCAGCACUGUGUUCCUGUCCUUGCGGCCGUUUCUCAGCAUCGUGCUGUUUGCCCUGGCUGGCGCUGUGGGGUUUGUCACCCACUACCUGCUCCCCCAGCUCCGCAAGCACCACCCGUGGAUGUGGAUUUCACACCCCGUCCUUAAAAACAAAGAGUAUCAGCAACAGGAAGUGAGAGAUGUCGCCCAUUUAAUGUGGUUUGAAAGACUCUAUGUUUGGCUUCAGUGUUUUGAAAAAUACAUCUUGUACCCAGCAAUCAUUUUGAAUGCCCUUACUACGGAUGCAUUUUCAAUAAGCAAUUACCGGAGACUUGGUACCCACUGGGACAUCUUCCUGAUGGUCAUCGCGGGCAUGAAGCUGCUGCGGGCCUCUUUCUGUAACCCAGUUCACCAGUUUACCCACUUGGGCUUCACCGUGAUCUUUUUCCAUUUCGACUACAAAGACAUUUCAGAGAGUUUCUUACUGGAUUUCUUCAUGGUGUCCAUUUUAUUCAGCAAGCUCGGGGACCUGCUUCACAAGCUACAGUUCGUCAUGACCUACACAGCUCCCUGGCAGAUGGCCUGGGGUUCCUCAUUUCACGUGUUCGCUCAGUUCUUCGCAAUUCCUCAUUCUGCCUUGCUUUUCUUUCAGGCGUUUGCCACGUCGAUCUUUUCUACUCCACUGAGCCCGUUUCUCGGGAGUGUCAUUUUUAUCACAUCGUACGUCAGGCCAGUGAAGUUCUGGGAGAAAAACUACAAUACAAGGCGCAUGGAUAAUUCCAACACAAGACUGGUGGUCCAGAUUGAAAAGGAUCCAGGGAAUGAUGGCAACAACCUCAAUUCCAUCUUUUACGAACACUUGACAAGGGCCCUCCAGGAGUCCCUCUGUGGAGACCUCGUGCUUGGCCGAUGGGGUAACUACAGCUCUGGCGAUUGCUUUAUAUUGGCUUCAGAUUACCUCAAUGCUUUCGUUCACCUGAUUGAAAUCGGCAAUGGUCUUGUCACCUUUCAACUUCGGGGACUGGAAUUCCGAGGGACCUACUGCCAGCAGAGGGAGGUGGAAGCCAUCACAGAGGGCGAUGAGGAUGACAGAGGCUGCUGCUGCUGCAAACCAGGUCACCUACUCCACCUGUUGUCCUGCAAUGCCGCCUUUAACCUCCGCUGGCUCACUUGGGAGAUCGCGCGAGCGCAGUACAUCCUGGAGGGCUACAGCAUCACGGACAACAACGCGGCCAGCAUGCUACAGGUGUUUGACCUCCGAAGGAUCCUCAUCCGAUACUACAUCAAGAGUAUAAUAUACUAUAUGGUGACGUCCCCGAAACUGUUCUCCUGGAUCAAAAACGAAUCCCUUCUCAAGUCCCUGCAGCCCUUUGCCAAGUGGCACUACAUUGAGCGCGACCUUGCGAUGUUCAGCAUGAACAUCGAUGACGACUAUGUCCCGUGUCUCCAGGGGAUCACGCGAGCCAGCUACUGCAACGUGUAUCUGGAGUGGAUUCAGUACUGCGCACGGAAGAGGCACGGGCCCGCGAAGCACCUAGACAGUGACGAGGACUCGCCUCUGGUGACUUUGUCCUUCGCGCUCUGCAUCCUGGGUAGGAGAGCUCUGGGGACCGCGGCUCACAACAUGGCCAUCAGCCGUCACAGUGCCUGGCCAUUGGGGAAGCAAGUCCAGGGAGACUUGUCGAAGGUGUUUCCGAAUGCCCUUCCUGCAGGGGAUGGCUCCGAGUCAUUCCUGUUGGCGAGCCAUGGACAGGCGCCCUCCGUGACGUGUGUGCAUUGCCUGGAUUCUUUCCUGUACGGCCUCCACACCCUCUUCAAAGGUGACUUCAGAAUAACAGCCCAAGAUGAGUGGGUGUUUGCAGACAUCGACCUGCUGCACAAAGUUGUCGCCCCAGCUCUCAGGAUGUCCCUGAAGCUGCACCAGGACCAGUUCACUUGCCCCGACGAGUACGAAGACCCCGUGGUCCUCUACGAGGCCAUACAGUCCUUUGAGAAGAAGGUGGUCAUCUGCCACGAGGGCGACCCAGCCUGGAGGGGCGCCGUGCUGGCCAACAGGGAGGAGCUGCUGACCCUGCGGCACGUGGUAGACGAGGGCGCGGACGAGUACAAGGUCAUCGUGCUCCACAGAAGCUUCCUGAGCUUCAAGGUGAUCAAGGUGAACAGAGAGUGUGUCCGUGGCCUUUGGGCGGGGCAGCAGCAAGAGCUCAUCUUCCUCCGCAACUGCAAUCCCGAGCGCGGCAGCAUCCAGAACCACAAGCAGGUCCUCCGGAACCUGAUCAGUUCUUCCUGUGACCAGCCCCUGGGGUACCCCAUGUAUGUCUCCCCGCUCACCACCUCCUACCUAGGGACCCACAGGCAGCUGAAGAACGUCUGGAGCGGACCCGUCACCUUGGACAGCGUCAGGGCGUGGUUCCGGACCAAGUGGUUAAGGGUGCGGAAGGACUUCGAUGCUGCCGGCCAGACCGGCGCCGGCAACGUCGAGGAUGCGGAUGCCGGGGGCGCCCCGCCCAUAGGCGGCAGCAGUGCCCCCAGUGGUGAGAGCCGGGAGAGCAGCUCGGAACAGCCCAGAGAGGAUGGGAACCGCCACUGGUCACCCCCUGAAGGGACAAGGACGAGAGGCAGGAGAAAAGGCAGGACUCAGUCCGUCCAGGACCCCAGGGCCUUAAGCCAGACGCCGCCCAUCCCGCGCUCGCCCGGCCCCAUCGUGGACAGCCGCCCGGCCUUCCUGCAGACGUCCACGUCGGUCCACGAGCUGGCGCGGCGGCUCUCGGGCAGCCGGCUGUCCCUGUGCCCCUCGGCGGCGUCCCUGCACUCCCAGCCCCCGGCCGCCCCCGCCGCCGGCCACCUGAGCGUCCGCGAGCGGGCCGAGGCCCUCAUCAGGUCCAGCCUGGGCUCGUCCACCAGCUCCACCCUCAGCUUCCUCUUUGGCAAGAGGAGCUUCUCGAGCGUCCUGGUCAUUUCCGGGCUGUCUGCCGCCGAGGGGGGCAACACCAGCGACACCCAGUCCUCCAGCAGUGUCAACAUCGCCCUGGGCCCCUCGGCCAGGACCGCCAGCCAGGCCGCACGGCACUUUUCCGAGCCGUGCGAACCCACGGAGGCCACCGAGCAGGGGCUGCUUCGAGAUCGCCACGCGGCCGAGAACCUGCGGGUGAUGUGCAAAAGAGCAAGCCAGGAGGACGUGGGCCUGGACGACACGGCGUCCCAGCAGAGCGCUUCCGACGAGCAGUAGCUGAGCCCGGGCCGGAGGAGCCACGCCGUCGGGGAGGGACGCAAGCACCCCCAGCUUCUCCCCUGCGAUCCCCAAGCUAAACAGCGCAAAGAAUGAGAGCCGGGAGAUCCAUCCUGUGGAAGAUGAGUGCUGUGUACAAAACAGAAUAACUUGAUCUCAGGUUCUUGAAAAAUAUCUCACGUGAUGAACACAAACCUUGACACCAGGCCUCCCUCCUGCUCUGGCACUCGCGGCCCCAGAGAGGCGGGGCGUGGGAAGCACCCCUCCCAGAACUGGAAAAUUCAAAUAAAAGCCAUGUUAACAUCUUAAGACAACUCAAGUAGGGCACAUAAAUAACUCCUUCUGGUCCUGAUGAAAAUAAGACAGCUGCAUGCUAAACGACUGGCAUUUUGUAUGUCACUGUUACCGUGAAAAAGAGGCGGACGGCAGCGCGUAUCACACCAUCAGCUGGUCCAACGCGCUGAUGUUCAGUCUACAUAUAGAGAAACAUCUCACUUCUUUAUAAUAUUUAUGCAGCUGUUAAGUAUAAACCAGUGACAGCUUUACUGCGAAAAAUGUGAUAGUGCAUGCAGUCACGUCCAAAGCAUCCUGUGAAAGGAGCCAACCAUCCCCAGCAACGUGAGUGCAGAAGUCUAGUUGAGGCAGGUCAUGGAGGGCCACCUAGGAAUGAUACUAACUGCAGUUACAGCAACAUCCUGCAAAAAGCCAGGCCCCGUCUCGCCCAGUGCUACUGUGUGCUUCCCAGGAAUGCACGCCUGUUUCCAAGCCAAGCAAUCCUUACCGUGUCACAGGACAUUUGCACAUACCUUUGUUUUUGGAAUUAAAAUGUUUACAGUUA